AUGUCCGUCGACCAUCAAGUCCACCCGCCGCCUCCAUCGAACCCAUCCUUAUCUGCAUUGGCUGUAAAGUUACCACAAUUUUUUGACCGCAACCCGGCCGUGUGGUUUAUCCAAGCGGAGGCGCUAUUUCAUCUCGCUGGCGUAACAUCACAACUGACGAAAUCUUACCACGUCACCUCCGCCCUCACCCCAACUGCGGCCGAUGAGGUGUACGACGUCCUCGCCAACCCCUCGCCAACCACACCUUACGACCAGCUCAAGCAAGCACUCCUGCAACGCACCACCUCCUCCAGCCGGUCCCGCCUUCAACAACUGCUAUCCGCUGAAGAGCUGGGAGACCGCCGCCCCACACAGCUACUUCGCCGAAUGCGGCAGCUGCUUGGCGGCAAUUCCGCUACCAUGGACGACGUUCUUCUCCGUGAACUAUUUUUACAGCGUCUGCCACAGAACGUCCAAAUGGUUAUGGCAACAGCAGCGAACAUGUCACUCGACCAGCUGGCUACGCUCGCAGAUGCGGUUGUUGAGGUCGCCACCCCGUCCAUCGCUGCCACCGCUGCACCACAACACCUUGUUCCUCCAACACCGUCUGCAGCGGCAAGCCCUUCUGGCUCUCCGCAAUUAGAAGAGCUUUGCCACGAGUUCCGCGCGCUUGCCUCUCUAAUUGCAGCAUCACACGCUCCACCGCCGCAAACUCGUCAACCCUACCGUCGCCGCCGUUUCAGUCGGAGUCCACGGCGCUAUUCUCCCAGCCGCUCGAAUAGCAGAGACCGCGACGGAAGCCCGACGACGACGAUUUGCUGGUACCAUCGCAAGUUUGGCUCCGAGGCCCGUCAUUGCCAACUACCAUGUUCUUGGCAGCCGGGAAACCCGCCCGCGGGCCAUUGAUGGCGACCAAUGGUCCAUCCUCCCAGUCCAGUCGCCUAUUUUAUAUACGGGACAAAACAUCAGCCCGCCGCUUCCUUGUGGACACCGGCGCGGAGGUGAGCGUAUUGCCAGCGAGCGGAAACGAACGACGACAGACACCUCUCUUCCACCUCAACGCUGUUAACGGAUCUAAGAUCCCCGUGUACGGUCAACGCUCCCUCACAUUGAACCUGGGUCUCCGCCGUGUGUUCCGUUGGCUCUUCUUGGUUGCGGCUGUCUCUCACCCCAU